AAGACAAAAAGGAGAAGGAAUGAUAUAAAUAGCAAUUUGGGCACCAUUUCCCUCAUCUUUUUCUGUCUAAAUUUUGAAAUUUGAAUCUCUCUCUCUCACACACAAAAUCUCUCUCUAACAAAGGCUUGAUUUCAAUUCUUCAGCUUAAAUCCACCAAAACCACGGUGGCUCCUUCUCUUCUUCCGUCAACCAGUUAUCUUCAUGCAGAAAGAAACAAUGUUUCGUGAAGUGGAAUGUCUGUCCCACGUAGUAAUUCACUCAAAAGAUCUGAACACUAAAGGAGUUUGUCCCACAAGCUCAGUAGUGACCAACCUUCUAAAGCAGUUAACAAAUUUGAAAGCCUAUGAGGAAUUUGGUUAUGUUCUUGGAGUAACCAAAUUGAAAGCCAUUGGCAAUGCAAGAAAGAUUGGUUCCACAAAAUACAUGUUUUUAGUAGCCUUUAACUGCCGCACCCUCUUGCCUAUGAAGGGUGAAGUUAUGAUUGGCAUUGUGCACUCGAUAAGCAGAUAUGGGGUUUUCUUGAAAUCAGGUCCAAUGAAGAUUGUUUAUUUAUCAAUCCGAAAGAUGCCAAAUUACUCCUAUGUUGACGAGGGAAAACCGAUGUUUCUGUGCAAUGAUAUGUCAAGGAUUGAGAAGGGUGUGGUGGUACGAUUCGUGGUUCUUGCUACUAGAUGGAGCCAGAGGACCCGUGACCAUAAUGUUCUGGCUAGUAUUGACGGUGAUUCACUUGGCCCAGUUGCUACAGCUGGAUUGGAUGGAUUUGAUUUGUAGUUUCUUACUAAUUGUAAAGUCAAUUUGGUCAUUGCUGUAUAAAGUGUCCCUCUUCAGGUGGAAUGUAGGCAAGUAAAAAGAUCGAAAGUUAUAGCUGUAAUUUUGUAUACUCGUAAAGCUUACAUCGAAAUCCAAAGUCAAAAUCUAUCAACUAGUUUUUGGAA